ACGUCCACCCCCCUUGUGGUCCACGUGCGUCGCGGCUACGAUAAGCACAGUCUUUGUCGGAAGUUGUCUCACUCCGCCGCGUUAUCCUCGGCUCGGCUCCUCGUCGGAGCUCUUUUCCCCAUCUCUCGACAGACACGCAUCGUUCUCCAGGUUAAGCCAUGCCUUCAGUUCCUUCAACCAAAGAGACUGUGGUCAAGAGCCCCGUGUGCCCUCACGCUGCCAAGCUUCUCAACCACACCAACGGAGAUGCCAAACUCCGAGAGGGCCCGUUCCCACUGAAUGGAGUUGACAAGCGGGCCGUGGUGGAGGACCCGGAGGGGACCAAGACGACCAUUCAGAUCAGCACAAAGAGCACUUCUCCCGAGAGGAAAUGGAUCCGGCCGGACCUGCCCAGCCGCUGCACAUGGAGCCUGGGAGGCCCGAAAGCCGACUCCCCUCAUGUUCAAGUCCCAAGGAACGUCCCGACAGCCAUUCUUCCAGACAUCCUGCGCAAGAUCGGUGACACUCCCAUGGUUCGCAUUAACAAGAUUCCCAAAGCCUUUGGACUCAAAUGCGAAAUACUCGCCAAGUGCGAGUUCUUCAACGCUGGCGGCAGCGUCAAGGACAGGAUCAGUCUGCGGAUGGUGGAGGACGCCGAGAGAGCUGGGAUCCUCAAGCCCGGAGACACCAUCAUAGAGCCCACCUCUGGGAACACUGGUAUCGGACUGGCUCUGGCUGCGGCUGUGAAAGGAUACCGUUGCAUUAUAGUCAUGCCUGAGAAAAUGAGCAUGGAGAAGGUCGACGUCUUGAGAGCUCUCGGAGCAGAGAUCGUCCGUACGCCCACCAGCGCCCGCUUCGACUCGCCCGAGUCCCACGUGGGCGUGGCCUGGCGCCUCAAGAACGAGAUCCCCGACUCGCACAUCCUGGACCAGUACCGCAACCCGAGCAACCCCCUGGCUCACUACGACACCACGGCCGAAGAGAUCCUGGAGCAGUGCGACGGGAAAGUGGACAUGCUGGUGGCUGGUGCAGGAACAGGAGGGACCAUCACAGGCAUUGCCCGCAAACUAAAGGAAAGAUGCCCAAACAUCAAAAUCGUCGCCGUCGACCCAGAAGGAUCCAUCCUGGCUGAGCCUGACGAUCUUAAUAAGACCGAUAAGACCCAGUAUGAGGUGGAGGGCAUCGGGUACGACUUCAUCCCCACCGUCCUCGACAGAUCAGUAGUUGACAGUUGGUACAAGUCCAACGACGAGGAGUCCUUCAACAUGUCUCGCAUGCUGAUCAGAGAGGAGGGUCUGCUGUGCGGUGGCAGCUCUGGGACGGCCAUGGCAGCGGCCGUGAAAGUUGCCAAAGAGCUGAAAGAGGGCCAGCGCUGUGUCGUCAUCCUGCCAGACUCCAUCCGCAACUACAUGUCGAAGUUCCUGAGCGACAAGUGGAUGGUGGACAAGGGUUUCCUGAGAGAGGAGGACCUCAUGGUGAAGAAGCCAUGGUGGUGGAACUUGAAGCUGCAGGGCUUGAACGUGUCGGCCCCACUCACCGUCCUCCCAACUGUCAGCUGCCAGAAGACCAUCAAAAUCCUCAAAGAGAAAGGCUUCGACCAGGCGCCUGUUGUGGAUGAAGCAGGGUUAAUCCUGGGCAUGGUGACUUUAGGAAACAUGUUGGCCUCCAUUCUGGCAGGAAAGAUCAAGCUGUCUGACCCGGUCAGCAAAGUGCUUUACAAGCAGUUCAAACAGAUCCGUCUGACUGACAACUUGGGAAAGUUAUCACGCAUUCUGGAGACUGAUCACUUUGCCCUGGUGGUGCAUGAACAGAUCCAGUACUUGACGGAUGGCUCUCCCACCCUGAAGCAGAUGGUCUUCGGCGUGGUGACGGCCGUCGACUUGCUCAACUUCGUCACAGUCCGGGAGAGGAGGGAGCGCUCCAUGUCGGAGUCCACCGAUGAGCUGUGCUAAAAAAACGAAAUGAAUAAAAAUCACACACGUCUUGCGUUAACAUACCAAAUGAUGAAUCUCGAAGACGGCAAAAAUAAUCUUGUGUUCUUAGAAGAUUGGACUGAGGUUAGCUUUUAUUUUCCACUUGGGGGAAAAAUUAUUGAUGAUUCUUUUUUUUUUUUUUUUUUUUUCUUAUGUUGAAACUUGAGUCUUAAGAUAUAACAAGCGAAAAAAAAAUAUAUAAAAAAAAAAUAAAUAUUGUGCCACUGUGUUAGCUUGUGCUUUGGUUAUUUACAGUAGAUUAUUUUAUUGAUUGUAGUGCUCUAAGCAAAUCUUUUUUUUUUUUUUUUUAACUUGUAGAUUUUUGUUUUGUAUUAGGCUUAAAUAAAGGCCUUUAUGUUGCUUUUUACUUGUCUUAAAACUACAUGAUUGUAUACCUGUGGCCUUUUGAAUCAGUUAAACAAAAUACUACAAAAGUCACACUCAAUUAAUUUUUUUUGUAAUCAUACUAUACAAGUAGGGAGUUUAUGUAUAUAGGCAUAUUGUCUUUUUAGUGGAUCUGCUUUUAUUUUUGUGUUUACACACACAAUUUCUUUCAAGGAAUGAUCUGGUGUUAUUUCCUUUUGUUUCAAAACGGUCCAUGUGAUGUAACGGUAAAGUGGUCUGGACUAUUUAAUCUUAGCUGUGUCUAGGAGAAAACAUUUUGUAUUGCAUCAUUAUUCUUUAAUGAUUGUGUAUGACUAAAUAAAACUGAAAGAAAGCC